GGUCAGUCUUGCUGUCUUCAUCCAGCUCAUUCACCAACCAUGUACAUCCCUCCAUUCAAUACUACCUCCUACUCCGCCAUCACCCAAUCACCCAAUCCAUCCUGGACGUACGGCCAGAAAGUUGACGCCACCCCUGCUGGAAAAGACUGGCUUGCAGGUGAAUCUGCAGGCUGGAAAGUCUACAAUACAGCAGAAAUGGACAAGGCCAAUAUUAGGAAGCUCUUGAAUUCAGGCAUCGCACCACGCCCCAUGACAAUUGUAUCCACGAUCAGCGAGGAUGGCGUAGAGAACCUGGCAUCGUUUAGGUAAGACGCACUUUCAUG